ACCCGUCUGGUCGGAAACACACCUGACAACAAUUAAAAACGGACAUCGACCAGCGAUAGUUUAUGAAAGUAAGACGUUUCGGCUCCCACACGGGAAGCCUUGUUCACAGUCGAAGGGGGUCGUGGUCCGCUUACCUUUGCUUUAAAAUGUGACGUAAUCAUGUUUUCCUAGAAUCCCUGACAAUCCAGAGCACCCAGCGCACGCUCAAAUUGCAAGGACGGCAACUUUCCCCACGUGUAAGCAUGUUGCUUAGGUCGCAUCUUAAAGCGAGCUGUAGCGUUAUCAAUGUCUCGCCUUUCAGAAGAAACUACAACUUUCCCUUUUUCUCUCUUUCUAUUUCUUUUCUUUUUUUCAUCCUCGCAACUGCCACAGUUAUGCGCAGAACGCAUAUUUUCGAGUCAAUAUCGCAACGCCAUGCUAAAAAUUUCGCCACCGCGAAAACUAACCACGAAAACGAUAUACGCUAUCAAUUUCGUUACUUACCUCUCGACUUCCAAGCCCCCUCCCCCUCUGGCAUUGUCGAUGUACUAAAGGUCUUGUUACCUAUGCGUCUUAUGAUUGGCUGAAGAUUAGGCUACGCACAACGGGUGUGCCAAAAGCAGCUGGCGCUUGAGUGACCAUCACAGACACCUGUCCCCACGAGAGACGGUGCCCGCAGUGGGCACGUCGGCACCGUGGCGAUCACUUCGACAGCUCUGCCUGGAACGCGGAUUCCCCAUGGAGGGCGAGUUAGCAUCUGCCGAGCUGCUUCGUCUGAACUGCACGCGAGGCCAGAACCAUGUCUGUCAACUGCUGCGACACCUGACAGCCUGCAACGAAGUCUUGUGGCACGUGGGCCUUCAGCUCAGCGAAGACCAGAGAGACGAGCUCGGAGAAGUGAGCGUCGCGAUUGUGCCGAGCAUUCGCCGCCAACUACCGAGCCACACCGAGCGGGCGGCGAUCGCCCUCCUGUGCUGCCUGAUCGCAGAGCACCGGUGCAUUGUGUCUGCCGAGCUGAACUACUCAGUCGCAAACAGAGGUCCGCUGGCCGGAGUCCUGGCGUCUUCGUCGAGUCUGAGAAGGCUCAGAGUGAUCAGAAUCGCGAGCGACAACCUGGAAAUCCACAAGCCAUUCUCUGACAUAUUCUGCUCCUUGCCCUACACUGACGAAUUUGUGUUCCACCAUGUCUGCGAGCAUUCCGGUGCGAGAAUGACGAUCCCCAAUCGCCUGCUCACGCGAGACGGUGCCGCGCUGACAUCGUUGGACGUGUCCGCAACGAGAAUGAACCGCGCCACGGCAGGGAAGCUCAUCGACGCGCUCAUUGAGAACAACACGAUCACUGAGCUCGUCGUCGGAGCUGGUGUCUUUACGUGCGGCCCCCGGAACCGACCGUCAGAGCAGUUUGCGCAGUAUCUAACCAAGAAAGAUGCGACGCUUCGUAAACUUACUCUGAGAGCGGUCUACUUCGAUAUCGCACUCGGGUGUCAGAUCCUCGUGCAGGCCAUCUCCGCAAUGACGACGCUGCGAGAGUUGGCGGCGCAGUUUCACGCCGGCAGCCGAGGCUGCCCGCUUUUCACCAGAGUGAUUGCCGAGAGCCGCAGUAUCCGCACGUUAAGUCUGCGAUUCAAGGGGUUCGGCGAUGGACUGAUUAUUCCGUACCCACCUCAACGCGCGCACGCCGUCAACGUUCGCGCUUGGGCCUCUGCGUUGGAGGAAAACAGCACUCUGGAGGAGUUGGUCCUCGACAUCUCGUGGUCCACAAGCGAAGACUGCUGUGUCUUACUUCGAGCACUCGCGCGCAACUCCUCCAUCCAAAAAUUGACCUUGCACAGUCUUCCCCACGACGGUGGCCUGCGCGAAGUCUGUGGCACGAUACGGGAGUGCGGACUCACCCACAGGGUUUGCAUCGAGGACCAUCGCGUUGGGCCUCGAGAUCUUCCAACGCUUUCGGACUGUCGCGAAGUGACGGCCGUCAUUCUCAGUUACGGAUACCUUCCGCACACGACUAACUUUCUAAGCGCCUUGGAUGUCCUGGCUACUUGCAACCACGUCACAUCGCUUACUGUAUUUCUCGACUUCUUCCACAGCGGCAUUUAUGGGUCGUUGUCCGCUUACAUAAGAAGCGCGUCCGCGUUGAAAGCAAUUGAGCUCAGUGCCCGGGUCGACCAAUUUCACGCCGACUACUUUCACGCCCACUUUCCCGACGAGUCUCCCCUCGAUCGUUCUAUGUCUGUCUUGUGCGAAGCCUUGUCUUCGAACCUCGGCGUCACCAAGAUCAUGCUGGAGUCGACGGUGCAGUUGCGCGGUGACGUCUACCCGGUGCUCACCCGUGCCGCUACGAAUCCCCGUCUUUACGAGCUCUCUCUGAGAUGCUUCAACGAAAACUUCUGCGCGGCCUUCCUGGGGUGUCUAAUGCCACGGCUGGCCCAGGAGUACAACCUGCUUCGCCUGGAAAUCCACGCUUGCGCACCGGCCGACGCCGAGAUGUUCGCUGCCCAAGACAUCGUGCUACGUAACCGCAGUCUCGUCGAACGAGCCACCAGAUUCGUGUUGGGAGACCGCGACCCUUACUGCGCGCGGCCCUUCGAGCUCCUCUCGGAGCACCCGGUACUCGUCGACAACGUUCGAGCCAGGGCGUCGCUAGGAGGAGAGGUCGAAGCUGCGGCCGUGGUCAAAGGCGUCGUGCGGUGUCUGGGCCGUGCUGACGUUCACGAGUACAUGCGCUUGACCGGCGUCGUCAAGACACGGGUCGAGUGCAAUGUCCGGCACGACGGCGGCAUGCAGUUGGACGAAUUGGACUACGAUUGCUGGACUCACAUUCGCCGAUACCUGGAGGUAGCCGACGUAUUGGAAACUUGAAGCACCCCGAGUCGCAGGCUGCGCCUUGACAUCGUGGGUCGUCCUUUGCCAUUCCUCUUGAAACUUAUUUUCAAUCACCGCUUGCGAUAUAGAGGGAAAAUUAUUUGCGACCUAUGGGAUAAGUUCACUAUGUGCGUGACUGGUGAAAGCAGAUAAACACAGCUGCUUUUAAUAUCUUAUCACUCAUAUUCAUCUGCCGCUUCCACGGCCUCCCGACAAGGCGAUAUGUGCGGCUGCAACUAAUGUCACAUGGUGAGAGCAAACCUAGAGAAGUUUUAAUAAAGGUUGUUCUUUUUUUUAACAUCAAUAGUUUUUAUACUAUAUAGGCUUCCGACUGCUUGUUCCAUUGGACUCCUGAUUGGCUGUUCGCCCUCGGUGUCUGUUGAAAAAACGUUGAGUCGGUUUCCUAAAUGUAAAAUCCCGACGUUGCUGCAAGGCAAUCGCACCGAAACAGACACAGCUUGGCCUGUGUACAUGUGAAUCUGACACAUUUCCUUCGUACGAGUAGUGGUUCGCCUCAUCCCGUGCAGAUUCGUACCAGCGUACGUGCACAUGCGAUGCAUCGGCCUAAUUAAGUAGGAUUACCUAGCAUUAUUUGAAACUAGGAUUGGGCAUUACUUGACGACAAUUCACUCUGAUUUCUUGUUGACACUGCCAUAAGCUAGAAGAAUGAAAAUAUCCAAGCGGAUAAGCAAACACGAGAUCUUCGACAGCUGCUCAUACAAAACAUGAAGCGUGCGUGCAGGUGCGCAAAAUAUUGUACGGCAUAAUGGCGACUAGUGCUAAUGACGUAACUAAUGACGACAAAGCAGCGAUGCUUCGGAAGAGUUCCUAUUUAUACUCGUCACAAUCUUUAUAAUGCUUUUUUAUCCCUUGCUUAUAGCCAUGUUCAAUAAAAUCAUCUUCAG